GAGAGAGAGAGAGAGAGCAGCUGUAGGGCAGAAAAGGUAAACGGAAAGUGAGGUGGAGAGAGAGGGGGAGGAGGUGGAGACAAACAUACACACACACUCAAACACAUACACACGCGCACAAACACUCGUAUAGUUCUCUCUCUCUCUCUCUCUCUCUCUCUCUCUCUCUCUCUCUACCCCUCAUCACUCCAACCAUGCCCGGUCGUCGUGACGUGAGUUUAAAUGGAAUUUUUGAUUACUUAGGGAAAGACUGUUGUGAAAUCAGGUGCAGUAAAAUUAAUAAUUAAGGAUAAUGAAUAGAAAACUGGAUAAGAAAAGACGUUAAGGAAAAAGGACGAAGGAAUGAGCGUGUAAUUGUGAGAUUAGAAUAUGGAAAUGAGCUAUUUUUGGAUUAUGAAGUGAGAAAAUUCAGUGAAUCAUCUACCUCUGGAAUAUGACAGUGCUGAUCAGUCUCGACAAACUGUUUGACAGAACAACCUCCUUGGAGGGAAUGACAAAGCAGCCCCUCGAGGAAACCAAGAGAAACAGAGGCCACAGGAAGAAGAGGAAAAAGGAGGAGGACGCCCUUAGUCCCAAAAAAUCCCGCUUCCAGAAUCCAGGCCGUCUCCAGAAGUCGAGGGAUACCUGUGGAGUUAAACCAAUACCGGCACCGACCUUGAAGUCCACUACCCUUCCUUUCCAGAGGAUAUUCCAUAGGCCUGAAGAAACCCAAUUCCAGAAUCCAGGCCGCCUCCAGAAUUCGAGGGACACUGGUACAGUCCCAUCAGUUCCAGCAACUACCUUGAAGGCCUGUCGUCCUUUCCAGAGGGUAUUCCACAGCCCUCAAGAAGACCAGUUCCAGAAUCCAGGCCUCCAGCAGAAAUCGAGGGAAGCUGACGGAGUCCCACCAAUUCCGGCACGGACCUCGAAGGCCACCACCCGUCCUUUUCAGCAGACGAUAAUCCAGACCUUCCCGAAGUUCCUCAACCUUGUCCCAGCCCCCUCCAUUAUCUUCCCUAAUCCGAUUCCGCCCCCCUCCCGCACCCCCAGUCGCCUUCUCCUCCUGCUUUUUUUACUCCUUCAUAAUCACGUGGGCUUAAUGACUGGAGCCGUCGGUGAAGUCUCAGGAAGCGAUAACGAAGUAUCAGUAGUGGAAGUGGUGUCUGGAUUCAACGCCUCUCUCCCGUGUACGAUUCGAAUCCCGGCAAACGACGCUCCCCUACUGACCCUGUGGUACCAGGAGGAGAGUGAAACACCCAUAUACAGCUACGACCAAAGGACGGGCGUGAGCGGAACGUCGUGGGCGGACCCGCGAGUUUUCGGCGGCCGAGCCCACUACUUGGCCCACCUGAGCCCACCUGUCAUGUUGAUCAUGAGGGUCACCAUCAGAGACGCGAGGCUGUAUCGUUGCAGGAUCGACUUCCACAACUCCAACUCGAGGGUGACCUGGGUCCGACUCAAGGUCAUAGUUCCGCCUGAACGAGUCGAAAUCACUCCUCAGAUCUCUCCAGUCAGAUUAGGUCAGCGUGAUGAUGUCGUCUGCACAGCGAUAGGAGGUAACCCACCGCCCAGUGUGGUCUGGCUACAGAACGGGGUCACAGUCGACCCGAACAGCACCGUGGGGCAGAGUGGCAGCUUCAACAGGCUGGAGAUUCCCGCCUCCAGAGGGGACCUGAAGGCGCCCUUCACCUGCCAGGCUUCCAACAAUAACCUCACGCCCCCCGUGUUCGCUGUUUAUGUGAGGAAUGUCACGUGUGGGCCUACGCGAAUUCUCCUGGAGGUGUCGGACAAUCCCCUGAUAGUCGGAAGGGCGGCGCAGAUCACGUGCAAGGCCUUCGACAGCAAUCCUCCCGCCAGAGUCACGUGGUACCACCAAGGGAAGCUCAUCCAGAAGCUUAUAAUUAACGUAACGACGAGGGGCUCCGAGACAGUCAGCACCCUACACCUGCAGCCAGGGCGCCAUCAUCACAUGAGGCAGCUCCUGUGCCGAGCGGAGAAUCCUAUACUUCCUUUGGAGACGCUGGAGGAUAUCGUCACCUUGAACGUGGCCUAUCGGCCCCACGUGCGAAUCAGCCUCGGGUGGCCAAGGCGUCUGGAACUCCUGACAGAGGGAAGCGACCUCUUCCUGGAAUGCAUCGUGGACUCUAACCCCCCUCCGUAUAAAAUUGAAUUCUUCCAGAAUGGCGUGGCGCUGAACCCAAACACCAGCGGAACGACGAUCCUGAAAGAGGCGACCUUGGCUAUCCAACACGUGACCAGAGAACAUUCGGGGGACUAUCAGUGCAAGGCCUCGAACGUCCAGGGAGAUUCCACCAGCAAGAACAUCUCCGUUCAAGUCAGGUACGUGCCCAUCUGCGCGGUCAACGAAAGUGUCGUAGGGGCGCUGGUGGGCGAGACUAUCUCCUUGACGUGCGUCGUAUACGCGUACCCAGCCGAUGUCAAUUUCACCUGGAUGUUCGUCAGUGACGCAAGAGACGAAGAGGGAGUAGGAGGAGGAGGAGGAGGUGCUGUUGGAGGAGUCAGUGGUGGUGGUCGAGGCAGUGUUGGAGGAAGUGUUGGUGGUGGUGGUGGGGGAAAACCCCGGAUCAUAGAUGCCCUUCAAUACACCUGCGAAGGCCUCUCCAGCACCUUGCAUCUGACCCCGAAGUCUCAGAGGGAUUUCGGUGUAUUUUCUUGCUACGGGACCAAUAAAAACGGCAUCCAGCAGCAGCCUUGUACAUUCGCCCUAGUACCGGCAGGCUCACCAGAAGAAUCAGGCACUAACUGCUCCGUAGCUAAAGUGUCUUCCCGUCAGGUCACUGUCGUCUGUCAACCUGGGAAAUACACUGGAGGGCGCCUCCAGCAAUUUAUGCACCAAGUUCGACUAGCCUCCACCGGCGAGCUGGUCUUGAACAAGUCUUCCAGCGAGGGCUCAGUGGAACUGUCUUCACUGGAGCCAGAUAGCCAAUAUAUAGUCUCAGUUACUCCAAUCGACCCCAGGGGGAACAGUCCGGCUCCUCGAAGCUUCCACAUACAGACCCACAGGGAAGCCAAGAUGCACAUAAGCCUACCCUCCCGGCCCAAACCGAGAAAGUUCCUCUGGAUAAUGGGCAUAGGCCUAGGCAUCGUCUUGACCGUAGUGGCACUCCUGGUGGGCCUGUGGUUGGCCCGGGGAAGGCGAUCGUCCCACACCUUGAGGAACCCAGAUUUGGACUUGAACAAGACGACCAAUAGCGCAGUUGUUGCAGGUGAGGCGCGAGGUAUCAACGAUGGAUUAUGUGUUAAUGGACUGAUGCAUCAGACGAUAUACGAUUCGUCCGGGCGCUAUCGAGGCUUCGCCUACAUGCAGCAGGGCGAGAACGCUGGCCCAGGCCUACCCUAUUCUUCAGUAGGAGCUACAAGCUCUCAACACCAACAACAGCAGGAGGACCAAAAGCAACAGCAGGCAGCAGUAGACUCCCACCACCCUCCAAGCUUCCAGAGCAAGCUGUCCCUGCUGAAGAGGGACUCGCCCCUGACCAGGGGAGCCACCAAGGACGCUUCGUCUGCCGUUGGCGCUUCGGAAACGUCGAAAACGAACGCGGAGAACGACGCCAAAGCCGCGGCCGAAGACGACGGCGGCGCCAGCAGAAAGUCCGGCUUUGUGAAGUGGAAGUGGGUUGUGAAUCACGUGACUAGCGGAGGCGAGAGCAACAACCGCUUCCUAGACUUAUGCCGUUUGGCGCAAAGUAAACAGCUGCAAGACCAGAGCAGAAAUGGCGAGAGUGUUUUAUAGAGCGCGGUGCCUCUUCUUGCGUUCUGUCUAUCUGUGUGUGUAUGUGUGUGUGUGUGUUUUGUCGUACUGAAAUACCUAAAUAUAUACAAAUAUAAAUAAAGAUAUAUACAAAUAUAUAUAUAUUGAUCCUGGUGCUCUCGUGUCGAAAAAUGAACUAUAAUCAAAUGUGAGAAAUGAGGA